AUGUUACACCAUAAAAAUGUUAAAAUUGUACGAGCCCAUGUGCAACUAAUUGUGGUUCAUGUGUAAUUGGAUUAAAUCGAAAUCUAAAAACUAACUAAUGUGUUUGUGAUGAUUGAUAUUAUGAAAAUACUAUUUGUUAACCAUGUUAAUAACCAUGCAUUAACUGUACUUCUUUAUGAGUAUGUACAUCAUGACAAGAUCCAACUCAUUAAUCAGGAUCUUCAUGUGAAUGGAUGUUUAACUUGUAUUGAUACUAAUUAAAUAAUAAAUCCUUCUAAGAAUUGUGUUUGUAAAUCAGGUGAUUAUUAAGUUGGCUUAAAUUGUUCAUAAUGUGUAACACCAUGUUAAACUUGUCAAAUCAAUUAGGAUCAUUUUUAAUGUGUACUGAAAUUCAUUAAACUCAAAUCAAUAACUUAUGUAUAUGUAAUGAUGGAUAUUUUGAUGUCAAUCAUAUUUGCUAACAAUGCUAAUAUCCAUGCACAAAAUGCCAAUUAUAAAAUGAUCAUUGUCUGGAGUGUUUAGAUCCAAAUCAUGAUUUAAUCAGUAAUAAAUGUGUAUGUAAAUAUGGAUUUGGCUCUUCAGGAAUUAAUAAUAUCAAUUGUUCACUCUGUUAAUAUCCAUGUCUUGAUUGCUCAAGUAGUGUAAACACUUGUGUCUCUUGCAUUGAUAAUAAUAGAUUCAAACUUGAAAUUAACAAAUGUGUAUGUAAGUAAGGUUAUUUUGAUACAGGAACUGAUUGUUUAUAAUGUUCAUCAUAAUGUUCUACUUGUUCAGAAUAAUCUAAUAAAUUUUUAUCAUGUUCUGACCCUAAUCAUUAAUUAUAAUUAAAUGAUUGUUAUUAUAAACCAGGUUAUUAUACUGAUAAUUAAAAGAAUUGUUUACGAUGUUAGCAUCCUUAUCUAACUUUUAAUUAAGAUUUUUGCAUAUCUUGUUAAGAUAGAUAUAAUCUUGUUGAAGGAUAAUGUAAAUGUGUAGAAGGGUAUUAUUAUAUUGAUUUUCAUUGUGAAUAAUGUAAUUAGAAUUGUAGUAAAUGUAACUCAUAAUCUGAAUGUAAAUAAUUAAUGUUUAAAAUGUCAAAUUCCAUGUUUAGAAUGUCUUGAUAUUUAAACUUGUAAAACAUGUUCUGACAAUUAUAUUAUUGAUGAUCAAGGAAAAUGUACAUAAUGCAUCUAAAAUUGUGAAUAUUGUAUUGAUUCAACAAAUUGUGUUAAGUGUUUUGAUGAAUUCUAUUAUCAUGAUUAAGCAUGUAUUCCUUGUUCCGAUUAAUGUUAGACUUGUGUAUAAGAUAGUAAAUUUUUCACAUUAUGUAAAGAUUCAAAUCACAUAUUAUAGUUAAUCAUCUCUCAAAUUAAUAAAUUAAACUUAAGUAAUUGA